ACUCGUCUAGCAGGAUUCGGUUUUGCCAUGGGUGGUGUCUCCAGCGCCAUUGAAAACUCGGUUUGUUGCUGCCAUGCUGAUGCCAGUAGCGUGGUGGAGCAGCUUCGCCACGGACGUGUGUUGGAGCAGCAAGCCGCAGCAGCGCGCUUGGCCAGCAUGGCGCGGACCAAGGCGCAGAGAGACUCGGGAUGGAUGCCAAGUGCCGUGCCAUUACUGGUGGAGGCGGUGAAUAACGGCCAGACCGCAGAACUCAGAGAGAAUGCAGCGCGUGCAUUGGCGAAUCUGCCCAUGUGUGAUGCGGCCAAUACGCAGAUCAUAAUCAAAGCUGGUGGCGUCACGGCCCUGGUGCAGCUGGUUGGCGCCGACUUUCCGUAUGGCUGCCGGGCGCAGGCGUGCCGGGCCUUGGGCAACAUGUGCGUGUCCAGUCAGGCAGCAGCGAGGCAAGUGAGGCAAGCAGGAGCGGUGCAGCCAUUGCUGCGAGCUCUCUUUACGGAAGAGCACCCCGCGAGCAGUGGCCCUAACCUGGUGGCAGAGGCAGCACUCGCGGUGGCCAACUUUGCCAGUGUCGAUGUCCAAUGCAGGGAUGCGGUGUUGCAAAGUGCGGUGGCAAUUCCAGGGCUACAGCAUCUUUCAACUUCUCAGGACCAUGGUGUGCGAGUGGCUGCGCUGCGCUGUUUGACCACCUUGGCGCAAAGCAGUGAGAGGGCCAGACAGGCCUUGCGUGCGGCGCAGGUGGCAGAGCAAGCAGGAGACUCUGAACUGGAAUCGGUGCAAUACUUCGAUUUCACUUCUUCCGAGGUUGCUCACAAGCAACUUGCCAAAUGAGGCUGAGAUGGUCUCCUGAAAGUGUAUCAAUAUUGGCUGUGUCCCCAAGUUCACCUUAGGUUUAACCCAAGCUCGACUUCAAUGUUGGGUCAGUUUAGGAAACGCCAUGGGACACACAGCUAUCGACCUGGGUCAAAUUUGAUGUCAAGGGAUCUCCAAAUUUUGACCCAGGUCCAAUAUAUUUGAUUCGAGUGGCCUACCACUCCGUUCGCAAUAGGCCCCCUGCCGCGUAUCUCCCUGGUUCAAAGAAACUGGGGACCUUGUGAUGGACCAGAAAGAGUGUCGAAGAUGUUGGAUGUUUGCUGGCUGGAAUUUGGGGAUGCUGGCUGGGUGUUUUGAACACUGGUUGGUGGUGACUGG